AUGUAUUUCAGUGGAGUUCUACUGAUUUUGAUCACUGUUAUUGUCCUAGACAAAAACUUGGUCUUUGGCCAGCUUGUUAGCACAGAUUGCACGAAUUUCAUUGGACCGACAUUUGAUGGACUUUACUAUUGUCAGUUUGGAAGAAAAGUCUUUACGUGUAAACAUCAAAUCAUUCCAAAGUUCCCUUUGGAAGGAUGUGUGUCUUUUAUUAAACCUACAGAUUUGUCUAAGACUGUCAAAGAGAAAGUCAGUAAUCAAAUAUGUGAUUCAGUAAGACGAGUCAAUGGGUUUGCACACUGUGGACUGACUCAAGUGAAGAAUGGAAAAGUUGAAGUGAUCAAAACUUUCAAGUGUAAGGACCCAUUGAAGGUUUUAAACAGUUGA